GACUUCUCUUUCAACCGAUGGCAACACCGAAACACGCCCAAUUUGGCUUGAUUAUCGUGUCAGCGGUCGCGCCUGUGUGUCAAAUUCGUCACUCCAUCCGAAAAUCACUCUAAAUUCACAUAUCUCCUAAAUUUUUAAACAAGAUGACGACUAUUCAGCAAGGUACCCUUUUAGAAGUUCUAAAGAAAAAAAUGCGUAGCAUGAAAGAGGAAUUGGAAGUCGCUAAAGAAGCCGCGGACGAUGCACAGGCACGCCUUCAAGAGGAAGUCCGUCGCCGAGAAGAGGCUGAAAGUGAGGUAGCUGCAUUGAAUAGGCGAAUUCAGUUGCUCGAAGAAGAUCUCGAGCGCUCUGAAGAACGUUUAAAAAUUGCCACUGCUAAACUAGAAGAAGCUUCACAGGCUGCUGAUGAAAGUGAACGCAUUCGUAAAGCUUUAGAAAAUCGUACAAAUAUGGAAGAUGAUCGAAUAUCUCUUCUUGAAACUCAACUAGGUCAAGCAAGGUUAAUUGCAGAGGAAUCUGAUAAAAAAUAUGAAGAGAUGGCUCGUCGAAUUGCUAUGCUUGAAGCUGAUUUGGAAAGAGCUGAAGAGAGGGCAUCAAUAGGAGAAAGUAAAAUUGUAGAAUUAGAGGAGGAAUUGCGUGUAGUUGGAAACAAUAUGAAAUCUUUGGAAGUUAGUGAAGAAAAGGCUAUGCAAAAAGAAGAAGCCUAUGACAUAACUAUUCGCCAACUCUCUCAAAGGCUUCAAGAGGCGGAAGCAAGAGCAGAAUUUGCUGAAAGGUCUGUACAGAAGCUACAAAAAGAAGUUGAUAGAUUGGAAGAUGAAAUCCUUGCUGAGCGAGAGAAGAAUCAUCAACUUCAAGAAGAAGUGGAAAGCACUCUUAAAGACAUUCAAUCUAUGUGAGAAUUCAAUUUUGCAUGGCAUGUUGUGUCCUCUGGAAUAGGACGUUUCACAAUCAUCAGAGCUUCAUACUUCUGUUUACCUACACUAAGUUUCUUUAAAAUCACACUUUACAUACUUAGAAUUAUUACAAUCGCUAAUUUAUGUUAUAGGUGUUUUAUUAGAAUGAAGUUAAAAAAGGAAAUAGAUUUUAAAAUACAUUUUUUUUAAAAAAAUUAUCUUUAUCUGUGCGUAUUUAUUUUUAGAUAACUUAUAAAUGCCUUGGUGCUAUUUUAGAAAGUAAAAACAUAAAGUGUGAUUUUAUUGAAUCUAAAUGUAAAAUUUAUACUCCGAUGCUUGUUUAUGCCCUGUAAUGCUUAUCUUUUAAUUUUAAGUGACACUGCUCAGAUUUCUCUUCUGCAGAAAUUGAAAAUGCACAAAACUUUGCCUUUAAAAAUAACUAGGACCUAUUAAUGUAUUGUCUAAUGUGUAUGAAUAAUCAGCUCUUCUGUAAAUAGCAAUAUUACAUUAAAUGGAUGAAGCAAUUUUUUUUAUAUCUCUUUUGCUUCAGCAUGUGAAUGAGAUGCCUGCAUGUAUAUAUUGGGUAUGUUUAGUUCGCUUUUGCUUUGUAGUGCUUGUUUAGAUUUUUUUUAUGUAGUUUUAUCUUCCUUGUAUGAUUUUUUCCUCCACAUUUCUAUUCAAAUUUAUUUAUAUUUUUGUUAUUUCUUUGCACAAUAAAUAUUAAGGCAUGUAAGUGUUACACCUUAAAUAAAAAUUAUUUGUAAUUGUUGAUUAUGUCUAAUGCACUUAAAUAUUUGUUAAUAAACAUUAUUUUAUCUGUAUUCCUUUAAACGGUUUGCUCUUUUCAAAAUGUUAUUUCCCGUAGAAAACUAAAAUUUAAUAGUCGUUCCAAAAAUUUUUGGACUAUAAAUUUUGUACUUGUUGAACUACUUAUGUCGUGUGUAUAUUUAAGAAACGUUUUUACUUUGCUUUUUAUGAAUAAUUUUAACUUCCAGCCCAAAUGUUUUUUUAUAUCUUUUUAAAAACAAUGUUACAAGUGUCUUUCAAUUUUUUUUAAUCAAAAAAGAUUUUAAAUUAUGGAAUUAUUUAAAUAAAUUUUGAGUUAAUGAACAUCAAAUCUUCUGCAAAUUUAAUCUAUCUAUUUUAGUCUUUGUAAGAUUUGAUUAUUUAUAUUGUUUGGAACAGAUGUUACAAUUUGAAGAGCAGAUUUAAGUUUUUAUAAAUUAAAUUAAAACAUAUAUUAUAUCGAAUGCAGCUAUGAUUAUCGUAGAAUAUAGUCAAUUCUAGGGUUGGUAGGUUUUGAUGUCACUUUUUUUUUACAUUGGAUAAUCAAAAACCUUCUGUGAAAUGCUUAUCUUUAAACUGAAAAGAUUUUUAUAACCAUAUAAACAUCUGCAUCAGUUUGUAUCUUUAAUAAAAAUUAAUGUGGUCAGUUUUAUGUAUUUGAGAUUUUAUCAAAUAAAACUGCAUAAGUUUUUUAUAUUGAUAUUCUCAUUUUUGACUUUACCUUAAUUUUUAGUCUUUCGGUGUCAACAAGCCAACCCUGGUUAAUUUUUAUCCUAUAAAAUAAUUUGAAUAUAUGGUGUAUCAAACUAUAUUUAUCAUGUUUUGAUAUCAGUUAAAAUACUUUACUAUGUGAUUGUGAAAAAGAGCACAGUGCCUAUAAUUAGCAUUUGAUUAUCAACAUAUUUUGUUUUCAUCAACGAUCGGUUGAUUCUUAUUCCCGGAUUCUCUCCCCUUACAGAUGAUUCCUCUUCCUAUAUUGCCUCAAAUCUCGUAAGCUGCCACCAGAGACUCAUUUAGCGGAGCUUACUGGAUCUUUUAAAUUGCCAACGGAAUGUUUGCCUUUACGUAUUGAAACUUUCAUCAGUCUUUUAAUUUCAAAUCAUUACAACUUAAAAUAUAUAUAUAUAUUAUAAAAAAUCAUGCUUAGUUUCUUGUGAUAUUUUCUCUUUCCUCUAUGUUUUGUAACAUCUUUUAAAGCUAUUAACACAUUUUGAUAUCAUGAGAUUUACUGUGACAUUUUAAAGGAUUGUUUCUUUAUAAAUAUAUUAUAGCUGCUUUUAUCGUUUUUUCCCCUUCUUUUAAUCAUAAUAAAUUUGUAAUACUUGCAUUUGGAUUUCCCUGCCCAAGGGGAAAUCGACACUUAAUACCUGGGUGAUGGAAUUGCAGAGGGAUUUUUCUUCCCUCUUAGAUCAAUGUAUUGGUUCUGGCUAGCUGGAUUACAGCAAAAGCAGUUGUAAAGAAAAGUCGUUAGCUUUUUAUGCACAUUUUAAAAUGUUUAUUGUUACAAAAAAUCAUUGAACAUUUUUCUGUUCACUAAUCACUCUGAAGGAAUCGCUCAUUUGAAAUUCCUGUGUUUGAUGAUGCCUUUAUAUCACAAUUUGAAAUGGUUGUGCAUUGUGUUAUCUUUUUUAUUCAGCGAUAAUGCUGACUUGUGUGAAAUUUGCUGAAAUGUUUUAUUUCUAUUAUUGAAUUGGCUGCCAAUAAAAUGAAUGUAGAUUAUCA